AUGGCGGACGACCAAAUCUCAUUGCCAUAUCUACUGGCCAUCCUGGUCGUCUCAGGCUUGAUAAUACGAUAUCUGUUCUUUGGAGGACCGUCGCCACCUCGGCCCACACGAUCCCCUGAAGCUUUCCUCCGGUCAAGAGAGAUUGCAGUUGAGAGAAUACAGCAAAUGUUUCCGCAGGCGGAUCGACGGAGUAUUCUAUGGGAUCUGCAGCGCAACGGAGGAAACAUCCAGAGCACGACAGAGCGAAUACUAGCAGGACGACUGGACACGCCCCCCGUGACUUUCCAACCACCGCCUCCUCCGGGCCAAUCCUCACCGAGCAGCAGCGCAGCGACGGCGUCUCGACAGCCGGAUAAGCCAGCGCAGCCGGAUCUUAUCACCCGGUAUAACCUCAAGGACAAAUUGGAUACUGCGUCGCAGGAGGAGCAGGAUGCCAAGGGCAAGGGAUGGAGCUCGAACAGGGACGAGAGGCAAGCUUCGCUGCAGAGGAGAAGGGAUGAGAUGAUUCUUGCAGCGCGGAGGAAGAUGGAAGCUAAGCUUGCGGCUGAGAAGGCACCUCAGGGGAGUUGA